GUCACCGUGUUCAGGCUUUGUGCUCCGCUUGGCGACACAACUUCGUUGUGCUGCGCGGCAAGCCCAAGGUGACUGGACUGUGGAUUAUUUCGUUCCUUCGGUCGAAGCGACAAGCCGACAUUUAUCUCUCCGCUUGGGUCACGAUGCCGCUAUCUUGCGAAGGUGAUAUCUUCAUGGUCAGUCGACUACUUGCUGACCAUGUAGCGUUCGCCGCAUGGCCUCGGACUUGAUGUGAUGCAUCACUUCAGAGAGCGUCUUAGAGAAGAAGAACGACGCAGGGACGAAGAAAUGCUACAGAGUUCCGAUUCGUGGAGGAGCGGGCUCCAGAACGGCCACACGGAUAACGGAGUUGGCCGAGGUGCCAACCGUCUUGGGAUUCGGAGCCCUACCGAUGACUUGAUGCUGGACGAGCCCAUCGUGCGCCUCGGCAGGCGCGGUGUUGCAGCCAGGAUGCGUGCUGACACCGACCCACUCGGCCUACGCUCGGCCAUCACGGAUCACGGAACAGCAACCCGGACGCGUCGUCGAGCCAGCCCCGCAUCCGAAGACCACGGGCCCACACUCGAGGAACUGCUCGAAAAGAAGACCGAAGCCCGCCGCCAGGAGCGCUUGUCGGAGCAACGCCAGCUGGAGAUCGCGGACACGCUUUAUCCAUUCGGCAGAAGACCAGAGUCCAGGAUGGCCAUGAUGUCCGGGAGCAGGCGACCCUCGGCGGCUUCGCCCAUUGAGGAAAUCGAGCGCUACAGUCCGUGGGGCAAGGGAGUCGGCAAUCCUUCACCCAACCAGAACUUCAGGCGGCGGUCGCGGGAGAGGACCAUCGCAGAGGAGGCCCACUCCACGGACCAACCGUUCCUCAUUGGUAGCAACUCAUCUGCGCGACUCCCGAGUAGAGCCAGAAGCCGAGGCUCGAGUGACGUCGUCCUUCAAGAAGACGGCGACGCCGACGACACCUUUCCUUGGGCAAGACACAGGGUGUCGCCCCGCGAGAGACCUUUGGCUGGAAUGACCUUUCGCGAGAAAAUGGGGUGGUCUACAUCGGACCACAAUCCAAAGAAGACCAAAGAUGAGAUGCGGGAGUACUUGGAGUCACUCAAGGACGAAAUGGAACAACGCAGGAACAAGCUCCGAGACGAAAGCCUCCAGGAAGCGAACUCCAAUGUAAGAUCACGCACCACUGUUGACUCGAGCGACCUGGCCACAGCCAUGCACAACUCCCUGGUCGGCAAGGUUCCGAUCAGCACGGCACUACGGCGGCGAACGAGGCACCUGAUGUGACCACGGCAGCUCCGGGAGACCGCACUUCCUGUGGCCGCUAUGAGGCCUUAUUGUGUAACAUGCCGAGACCACAGCAGCGCUUUCUUGUUUGUACAAGUAAUGCCUGAGCUUCGCUGCUAACUAGGAUUAUCACUUUUGCCGAGAAAAGAAAUCCGGCACCGGGGAGGAAGAAGACGGAAUGGGAAUUUUUCUUUGUUCUUUUUUCUCCGCUGCAUAAAAUCACGAACAAAAUGAUGCCGUCAUAAAGUGGUGAAGCGUCGAGCACGAACUUUAUGUGAAUUUAUUGGAAUGCUCAGUACAGAGUAGCAAUGUGGUAAAUGUUAGGGGCCAGUUUGAUAUAUGUCAACGGUUGGAGUUGG